UUGUCAGACAACACGCGCGGCAGGCACAUUGAAGCACCUCAACGAUGAGUAAAGGAGCAGAUGAAUAUGAAAUUACGCUGCCGCUGGGCAAGAUAAAGGGCGUGAAGCGUGAAACUCUGUACGAUGAUUCAUACUACAGCUACGAGCGUGUGCCCUUUGCAAAGCCACCGGUUGGAGAGCUGCGUUUCAGGGCGCCCGUGCCCGCAGAGCCAUGGAGUGGUGUGCUGGACUGCAGCCACUAUGCGGAGAAGCCGGUGCAGAAAAAUUUUAUGACACAGGUGGUCAGUGGCGACGAGGACUGCCUGUACCUGAAUGUCUAUGCCAAGCAGCUGAAAAGUGCGAAACCUUUGCCGGUCAUGGUGUACAUUUAUGGCGGGGCCUUCACUAUUGGCGAGGCCACACGCGAGCUGUAUGGUCCUGAUUAUUUUAUGGCCAAAGAUGUUGUCUUGGUGACAUUUAAUUAUCGUGUGGACUGUUUGGGCUUUCUCUCGCUCACGGAUCCCAGCCUCAAAGUUCCAGGCAAUGCAGGGCUCAAGGAUAUGGUGCUGGCUCUGCGAUGGGUCAAGCAAUACAUUUCCCACUUUAAUGGCGAUGCCGAAAACAUAACAUUAUUCGGCGAGAGUGCAGGCGGUUGCUCCACCCACUUCAUGAUGUGCACAGAGCAGACACGGGGACUCUACCACAAGGCCAUACCAAUGUCGGGUACAGUUCACAAUUACUGGUCGAACACCCCAAGGUCGGACUUUGCCUAUCGCUUGGCCAAACAUCAUGGCUACACGGGAGAGAAUGUGGAUGCUCAGGUGCUCGAACAUUUACUCGGAGUGCCGGCACAGGAACUGGUUCGCCACAGUUUGAUUACGCCAGAAGAUCGCCGUAAUGGCAUGCUAUUUCCGUUUGGGCCCACGAUAGAGUCGUAUGUGGGUGAGGAUUGUGUGGUGCCCAAAUCCCCAUUGGAAAUGGCUCGCGAGGCAUGGACCAACGAUCUGCCUGCCAUGCUGGGUGGCACAUCAUUCGAGGGUCUCUUUAUGUACCCCGCUGUGUCGGCCAAUCGCAAGGCUUUGGACACCUUAAACGAUGAUCCCCUGAAAAUGGUGCCACAUGAUGUGCGUUUAAUAAGUACGGAGCAGGAGAGUCUGGAGUACAGUCAGAGGAUGUUCAAGAUUACUUUUGGCGAUGCCAAACCCAGUUCUGAACUCUUUAUGAAUAUGCUAGAUUAUUAUUCAUAUAAGAUCUUCUGGCAUGGCGUCAAUCGCACUUUGCAGGCCAGACUCGCCUACGCCAGUGCACCCACAUAUUUCUAUCGCUUUGAUUUUGAUUCCCCCGACUUUAAUUUCUUUCGUACAAAAUUCUGUGGCGACAAUAUCAAGAAAGGCGUUUCCCAUGCCGAUGAGCUGGGAUAUUUGUUCCGUAACUCUCAAGCUUGGAAACUGGAGAAAUCCUCAGCGGAAUAUCGCACCAUUCAGAGAAUGGUUGGCAUGUGGACUGCCUUUGCAGCAAACUCCAAUCCCAAUUGUUCCGAAAUUAGCGAAGUGGAUUGGCAGCCAGCGAAAAGGUCCGAUCCCAAGCGUGUGAUCAACAUAGGCGACGAUGUGAAGAUUGUGGAUCUCCCGGAAUAUGAGAAACUUCAAGUGUGGGAUAGCAUCUACAAGCCAGAGAAUUUAAACAUUUACAAAAUGGCUACCCCAAGUGCGGUUUCUAGUAGUCCACGCCCCCAGGAGGAUUUUGGCACUGGUCAGAUGCUGCAGGAACUGAAGAACCUUGUGCUGUGGCGAAACUUUUCCCGCACACUGUUGGUUUUUACAAGCAUUCUGAUCCUGUUGGUGGACAUUAUGCAACAUUCGGCCAUUAGUGUGGUGAGCAUGCUGGGCAUUGCCUUGAUCCUCGUCGCCUUGGGAUAUCGCUUCUUCGUUGAGGUGAUAGAGUUGUGGAACAGAAGAAACAACGAGGAGGAAUACUAUUCCUAUCGUUUCAAUGUGUUGAUGACCUGCAACAUACCCCAAGAGGAGGUCAUGCAUCUGACAGGCGUGGCUGUCGUCAAGUUGAAUGCAUUCGUUAACAAAAUGAUUGAACUGCUCCUGGUGAAGGAUCUGCACGAGUCGCUGAAGCUUAUGGCCAUUCUCUGUUUUAUCAAUAUGAUGGGGGACUAUUUCAAUUUCAUGACCCUGCUGCUGUUCGGUCAUGUUGUGCUGUUUACUUUGCCAAAUGUGUAUGAGUUAAAGAAGACAGCUUUUUAUGCGUUUCUGAUCAAAAUGGGAGUUGUUCAGAUCCAAGAAGAGCAACAAGAGGCAGUCGAUGCCGUACUUGAGGAUGAGGAGGCUGAACAACCGAUUUGUGAGGCCGAACCCUUGGCCGAGGAGGCUGCACCCCCAAGUCGUCCACCCAACGGGAAAGAUCCAAAAGAAGAACCUUUUAAGGAACAAAAUCCAGUUUCAAAUUUGGAAGGUUUUUUAAAGAAGAAAAAACAGGACUUGAAGUUCUUGGCAAUGUUUGAGGAGGUGCAUGACCCUGACUGCAGCUGUGCUGAAUGUGACCUGCUCGAUUUGACACUGGUGCCCAAGCACCAAGAAAAAUCCAUCAAGGCACAGAACAAAGAACAGAAAAUAAACUACUUGGAGGCGAUUGAGGAGCAGGAGGACACUGUGACACUGGUGCCCCCAAAAAUAUUCGAUUUUAAAAUGUGGAAACUUUGUGUGUCGAGACCUACCCCCGGCAAGUAUCUGCAGGUUGUCAAGCGGUCGCUACGUCUCACUGCCCAACGUAGUUGUGCUGAAACCAAGAUUGUAGAUCUGCCCAUGGGCCGUGUAAAGGGUCGGCGACAGUGUGGCAUUUAUGGCGAUUCGUUUUUCAGCUUUGAGGGCAUUCCAUUUGGCAAGCCCCCGCUGGGCGAGCUGCGCUUUGUGGCCCCAGAGCCCGCAGAGCCGUGGACUGACCAGGAACUGGAUGCGCAACAGGAGAGGGAAAUACCCUUGCAGAUGGAGUUCCAUGGAGGCAAAACCAUUGGCAGUGAGGAUUGCCUUUACUUGAAUGUCUACACCAAGCAUUUUGAUAAAACCAAGCCUCCUCUUCCCGUCAUGGUCUACAUCUAUGGUGGUGCCUUUCGCACCGGUGGUGCCACUCGAAAGAUGUACGGUCCAGACUAUUUGAUGUCCAAGGACAUUGUGUACGUGAUCUUCAACUAUCGACUGUGCGCUCUUGGAUUUCUCAGUCUGCCAAGCAUCGAAUCGAAUGUCCCUGGCAAUGCGGGACUCCACGAUCAACUGCUGGCCCUCAAGUGGAUCAAACAGCAUAUCCAGAACUUCAAUGGUGAUCCGGAGAACAUCACGCUCUUUGGCGAGAGUGCCGGGGCUGUGGGUGUCCAUUUUAUGAUGUGCCUGCCGCAGGCCAAGUGCCUCUUCCACAAGGCCGUCAUGAUGUCUGGCUCUAUGCUGAGUCCCUGGGUACAGAUACCCGAUCGAACAUGUUUGUACUCGCAAUUGGCGCUGUCUGCUGGUUACGUGGGACCUCACAGGGAGAAGGAUAUGCUGCGGUACCUUCGCUGGGUGGAGGCCAAGAAAUUGUUGGAGUAUGCCCAUAAGUGUUACACCUUUCACGAUCGAUGCUUUGGCUUUCUGUAUCCCUUUGUGCCCGGAGUGGAGGAGGCCAAGUACGAGAAGGGUCUGGUGCAGCAGCCAUAUCUGGAGAUGAUGCGAGAUGCUUGGUCCGUCAAGGUGCCCCUGCUGCUGGGCGGCACAUCCUUCGAGGGCUUGGUCUAUUAUCCCUUCUUCAAGCUGAACAAUGGCUUUAUGCUAGAUCUUUUCAAACAAGAACCAGCGCUGGUGCUGCCCCACGAACUGUUCGUCACGAUGAUCGAUGAGGAACGUGAGGCAAGAGCUAAGGAGCUCGUUAAAUAUCAUUAUGGACCACGAGGCAUUUCCAAAAACAAUGUGACACAGCUUCUGGAUCUUUUUAGCUAUAAACUAUUUUGGCACGGUCUGCAUCGCGUGGUGCGCUCUCGAUUGUCCCAUGCCCAGGCACCCACCUAUCUGUACCGCUUCGAUUUUGAUUCUCCCAGUUUCAAUCUAGUGCGAAAUAAAUUAUGCGGCGACGACAUCAAGCGGGGUGUCUGUCAUGCUGAUGACAUGGCCUACGUCUUCCACAAGAGGGGCGUACAGAAGCUGCCGCUGGACUCUGCUGAAUAUCUCACUAUACAAAGGAUGGUCGGCAUUCUGACAGCCUUUGCCAAGACUGGAGAUCCCAACUGUGUUGAAACGGAGUCGGAGGAGUGGACUCCAGUGACCGCAAAGUUGCCCUAUAGGGCAUUGAAUAUAGGACACGAUCUGGACUUUAUAACGCAAUACGAAAAGGAUGGCCUAGAAGUGUGGAAUCGUCUGUACGAAGAUGACAUUCAACUUUAUGGUGGUUAAAAGGGGGAAA